CCCUCGGAAGGGAUUGCUUCCGGGUCACCGCGCAGGCGCAGAGGACGCGUGGCGCUGCGCGAGGCGGACGCGCGCGGUUCGGGGUCUCCGCGCGCGGGUGUGGGGCGCGGAGCCGGGUCGCCGGGGCGCGGGCGUCAUGUCAGACAACGAGGACAAUUUUGAUGGCGACGACUUUGAUGAUGUGGAGGAGGAUGAAGGACUAGAUGACUUGGAGAAUGCUGAGGAGGAGGGCCAGGAGAAUGUGGAGAUCCUCCCCUCUGGAGAGCGACCGCAGGCCAACCAGAAGCGGAUCACCACACCAUACAUGACCAAGUAUGAGCGAGCCCGCGUGCUGGGCACCCGCGCCCUCCAGAUCGCUCUCCCCAACACCUGUCCCUGUACCUACAGGAUGUGUGCCCCCGUGAUGGUGGAGCUGGAGGGGGAGACGGAUCCCUUGCUUAUCGCCAUGAAAGAGCUCAAUCAGUCUGCCCCUCCUGCUGCAGAGCUGGGUCUCAGCCCUCAUGUACAUGUGCCUUCUCCCCGCACAGGGCCCGAAAGAUCCCCAUCAUCAUCCGGCGCUACCUGCCUGACGGCAGUUAUGAAGACUGGGGGGUAGACGAGCUCAUCAUCACGGACUGAGCUGGACUCAUCUUCCAACUGCGCCUCCCCCCACCUCCUGUUCCCACACUCUGCCCAUGUAAAUAAUAAACUAUUAACCUUUCCA